AUGGAGUAUCUUCCUAGUCUUCAACAGGAGUUUGAUGAGUCGAAGCCUUCGCUCUUCGAACUCCUUGCUGAACAGCAGCUCUCUGGUCUACUUCCUCCAUCUAUCCGAUAUCUUCUUGCGGUUGCGACACACCGUCACCCUCGAUACCUUCUCCGAAUUCUCAACUCUUACGACGAAAUCUAUGCGCUCCUCUCGCUCGUCGUCGAACGCUACUAUCUGCGCACAUUCGGCGGCUCUUUCACUGAAAACUUCUACUCCCUCAAACGCGAGCGUGUUCUUCGCACGAAAGAUGGCGAGAUUCCACGUGCUCAGAUUGGUGCUAGUGUUCCCGUGCGCGACGCCCUCAAACUGCGCUCAACAGACGUGUGGAAGAACCUUCUCGUCAUGGUUAGCAUCCCGUACCUGAAGCGUAAGUUAGACGAAGGAUAUGACAUCCACGCGGCACCACAGGCAUCCUUGGUCAUGGGCGGCGGGCCGCGAUAUAACCCCAGUGACGACCUCCCGCACAAUCCAUCCAUACGCCAACGAAUAUUCCACUACUAUAAGUGGUUCCUACGCAAUAUAUACCCAUCCGUGAACGCGGCGUUCUAUUUUUCAGUUUUAGCAUUCAAUCUCGCCUACCUUUUCGAUAAUACCAAAUACUCUUCUCCUUUCCUUUGGCUCAUCAAGACGCGCAUUCGCCGCCUUGGCGCCGCUGACCAUCGCGCCAUUGCGGCUGUCCUGAAUUCUAAACCCACUAUUGGUGGUAGACCGUCUCAGCGACCAGGCUCGGGACUUUUAGGUCUACUCAGUCCUCAAAACCUUAAUCGCCAGCUUCUAACACCACUUCGCUACUUCCUCCCCGCAUCUAUCUUUGCUUUGAAAUUUUUAGAGUGGUGGCAUGCAAGUGACUUCUCGCGCCAAUUGACCCGUAAAUCAACCGAAGUUCUCGAUCUGCCUGCCCCCGUUGUUUCCGGCCUGACAAAUCCAGCUGAAAGGCGCAAGUCAAGCCAAGACGAGAAGGAGACGAAAACAACAACGGACCUCAAAUCUGCACUUAAACCCUCUCGCCGCAACCAACCUCCCAUAUCCGCUAUCUCAUAUCUUCCUAUUUUUACUGUCCCCUUGCCACCAGCAGAUACAUCAAGCGCAAAUAUGUGUCCUGUUUGUUUGAAUACACUUGUCAAUCCGACAGCGUGCCAGACAGGAUACGUAUUCUGCUAUGUAUGUAUCUUCCACUGGCUCAAUGGCGAACAUCAGCGGCAGCUAGAUUUUAUGGAUGGAGAUGCUGCCGGUGCACCUUGGGAAGAGGAGAUCGCUGGUGAUGACGAAGAAAUGGAGCGAACAGAUAGUAAUGCAGAAGACAAAAAGUCACACAAACGUGGCGGUAAAUGGGAAAGUGGAAAGGGCAGAUGUCCUGUCACUGGACGGAGAGUCCUCGGUGGAACGGAAGGCUUACGGCGUGUCCUGGUCUGA